AUUCUUCUCAGUAGGUAACAUGCCCACAAUUCCCAUUCUAUUAUACCCAUAUAAUGAAUUGUUUAAUCCAUUGUCUCUUUGAAUUAAUUAUGACACACUUUCAGCUUACAUCGCGCUGCAGUCCGUGCUGUAAUGUUAUGCUGCCCGCGACUCCGAAUAGCGUUGCAAUCAGACCGAUAUAAUAAGUGAUGAAUGGAAGAACAAAAGAGAAUUAUUCAUUUGGGUGGUCGAUUUUUUCCAGUCGCCACAGACCGUUCGACGAUUAUGAAACUUUACGACCGCACAGUGGUGGAGGCGCCUGUUUUAUCGACGAGGCCUCGUACGCUUGUUCAACUGUUGGCGCUGCCCGUGGUGCUACUGGCCGGGUCCUCGGAAGAAUUUUUUUUCGAAUACCCUAGGAAGGCACUGACGGAAUUCCUUCAAUCCCUGAAGACGAAAAAGGCGAUGCCGAAGACGAGCAACGUACAGCACUAUCACGUACAUUAUUAUCCGUUGCCUUUCCCUCUCACAGCCUGGAGAGCGCCGGAUAAAUACUAUCUCGAUGAACUUUACGGCGACACUCUCGCAUCGUUCGGCUGGUCGGAUUAUCGCUACGGAUACUCGCCCGAUCCCUCAUUAAUCGUGUCGCCGGGUCUCCAACAUCAAGGUCUCCUAACCGGGCCGGAUCUGUGGGACGACCUCUGGAGCGACCAGAUUCUAGACACCGACGACGUUCAGGACUCAAUCGAUCGCAACUCCAGGGGAAUACUGGUGCAGGUCCCCGUUAACCGGCAGCAGCUCGUUUUUCACUUGCCGUUGAAGAAAUCGCGACAGAGACGGUCGGAGACGGUGACGACUUAAGGCCGCGCCGCGAGACGCCCGUUUCUCGCACCCGAAACUAAUUAAUUGUGAUUAAAAUUGGUCAUCAAACGCUACGUCAAAUCAUUCGUUUCCCUGUUUAAAAUAUUAUAUAGAAUAUGAUCAGACUUCAUUGGAUUACAUGUGCAGUUUCAAGUAAAUUAAUAAGACUCUUAUUUAUUUACAUUGAAAUUGCAUGUAAUCUAAUGUAAUCUGAUCUGAUUCUAUGAUUUUAAACAGGGUUAGCCUUAGACUUAGCUUUAGAUUAGCUAAUGGAGAACUUAGCUCGCUGCAAGCGCUCAGCCUGACAUGUACAUUUCAUGAUGGCUCAUUAUUUAUUGCGCAUAACAGAGACAUCCCAAGAUGUUCCUCGACCUCUGCCGGAUCACAGAUCUAGAUUUCGCUCGCGGCGGGAAAUUAAUAUGACUUAUCGCGCAUUUAAAAAUCCGACACGGGGUUCCGAGUCAGCCGCGAGUAACAGCUGCGGGAGUUGGUUACACUUUUUAGCUGCGCCGGCGUGAAAUUUCGGCGCGCAUUGUUGACGCCGCCGGCUCGCCCUCGGCAGCGACCUGGGCAGUAAUGCACGCAGUUCCGGUAGGACCGUGGUGUCCCUCAAUUUCCUUCGUUCGAUGCGAGUUCUUUGCCGCGCCACGUAAUCCUCCUGCAGUCUCGACGCGAGCCGCGUCAUGUAUCCGCGAUCCGUCAGCCGCACCACGUGGCUCCCCAUCAGCGACGUCAGCCGCGAUCUCACGGGUGUGUAACUGAGCCUGGGUCGAUUAAUUAAGGGGUUAUUAUUCUCGAGCGAACCGGCCGACGAGGCCUCGACCCACCCGUAUCUCACGCAGUCCGUUUGCCACCACGCCGGAGACACGUCGUACAGAUCCGUAGCCGACGAGAGCAUAUCUGCCUGCGUAAAUUGUAAUCUAUUUUAGGAGUGAAAUACUCUUUUGACGUGAAAUUUUGGAUGACAAUUGUAUUAAAAGAUGUUCUUUC